AUGGAUACCGAAGGCGACGCCCACGCUGCCGAUCAGGCGCCUCGACGAACCGCCCAGGUCGACAAUGCCAUUCGCGCGAUUCAGGAGAAGAAGCCUCUGCCCGAGAUCGACUUCACCAUCCACAUGAUGGAGGACGGCACUCAGGUCAGCACGCUCGAGCGAGUGUGCAAAGAUGUCCAGGCGCCGGCCAUGUUCAAGCCGACCGAUGAGCAGUUUUUUGAAGAUGAUACCAAGGAGAAGCCCGACAUCAACUUUCUGAAGCAGCACUUUUACCGCGAGGGCAGACUCACCGAGGAGCAGGCGAUAUGGAUUAUCAAGAAGGGCACGGAGAUUCUGCGAGCAGAGCCCAACCUUCUUGAGAUGGAUGCGCCCAUCACCGUCUGCGGUGAUGUUCACGGCCAGUACUACGAUCUGAUGAAGCUGUUCGAGGUUGGAGGUGAUCCUGCCGAAACACGCUAUCUCUUCCUCGGCGACUACGUCGACCGUGGCUACUUCUCCAUCGAGUGUGUCCUUUACCUAUGGUCCCUCAAGAUUCACUACCCCAACACACUAUGGCUCCUGCGAGGCAACCACGAGUGCCGUCAUUUGACCGACUACUUCACCUUCAAGCUGGAGUGCAAGCACAAAUACUCAGAAGCCGUCUACGAAGCCUGUAUGGAGUCGUUCUGCUGUCUUCCCCUGGCUGCCGUGAUGAACAAGCAGUUCCUGUGUAUCCACGGUGGACUGAGCCCUGAGCUGCAUACCCUCGACGACCUUAGAAGUAUUGAUCGAUUCAGAGAGCCCCCUACCCAAGGUCUCAUGUGCGACAUCCUGUGGGCCGACCCCCUCGAAGACUUUGGACAAGAAAAAUCCAGCGAUUUCUUUUUGCAUAACCACGUGCGAGGGUGCUCGUAUUUCUUUUCAUAUCACGCCGCCUGUGCUUUCCUGGAAAAGAACAACUUGCUCUCUGUCAUCCGUGCCCACGAAGCCCAGGAUGCCGGAUACAGAAUGUACCGCAAAACGCGGACGACCGGCUUCCCCAGUGUUAUGACCAUCUUCUCGGCGCCAAACUACCUCGACGUUUAUAACAACAAAGCCGCCGUGCUAAAAUAUGAGAACAACGUAAUGAAUAUUCGGCAAUUCAACUGCACGCCGCACCCGUACUGGCUUCCCAAUUUCAUGGAUGUCUUCACCUGGUCGCUGCCUUUUGUUGGUGAAAAGAUUACCGACAUGCUCAUUGCCAUUCUGAGCACGUGCUCGGAGGAGGAGCUGAAGGAAGAGACGCCUUCUUCACACUCGCCUGGCCCCAGCUCGCCGGCUCUUACCAGCGGUCUGGAGGAUCCCAACUCGAUCGAAUUCAAGCGCAGGGCGAUCAAGAACAAGAUCCUGGCCAUUGGCCGCAUGUCUCGCGUCUUCCAGGUUCUGCGAGAAGAGUCUGAGCGCGUUACGGAGCUGAAAACUGUAUCUGGUGGAAGGCUGCCCGCCGGCACCCUAAUGCUCGGUGCUGAAGGUAUCAAGAAUGCGAUUAGCUCGUUUGAGGAUGCCCGAAAGGUCGAUUUGCAGAAUGAACACCUUCCCCCUACUCAUGAUGAGGUUGUGAAGCAUCAGGAAGAGGAGAGAGCGAUCGCCUUGCAGAAAGCCGCGGAAGAGGCUGAUAAUGAUAAGAAGCUGCACCAGCUGUCCCGGAGACUUAGCACGUGA